GCUCGUGUCACGCCACGAGUCAGCCACAGCUGGGGCGAUUUUCUCCUUGCCUUGGAUUAGACGCGAUAAAGCUCCUUCGCAGAGUCCGUUAGAACCUCCUAUUCAUCAUUCAGGCACCCUCGCGCCGCCUGUCCGCCGCAUGAGCUGACCAUCGCCCUCGCAAUGCACGCCCUCGCGUGGAAGCCGCUGCCCUCCGCUCACACGCCACCGCCGCUCGCUGCUCGCGCCGCAUCCUCGCCCGCCCAUAAGCCCUUCCCGAAGCCCACCGCUGAGCACCCGCGCGCCCGUGCGUGUGUGCGCACGCCUGCAUCCACGUCCUACCGCUCCUCGCUCUGCUCCCCCGGCACGCGCUCUCGCCCCCUCGCCCUCCCGCACCCUGCGCCUUCGUCACCCUCUCCCCUUCGCCCUCCCCUCGCAUCCCCCCUCGCCCAUUCGCCCGCCGAGCCGCGCCACCGCCAGCCAUGUCUGGCCGCGCGGGCCACCUCCGCCGCGCAAGCAGGCCCCAGCGACCAGAGCGGCGCAACGCCGGGGGAGGCCGCAGCGGAAGGGCCUUCCAAGCCUGAUUCGUUAGGUUCGGAGCCGUCAGGUUCGGGUGGGAAGCGGUGGGGAUGGAAUUGGCGGGCGUGGCGCGGGCGCGAGUCGAUGGGCGAGCGCGUGAUGAGCGGCAUCGUGAACAGCUCGUCCGCACCCAUCGGCUCCUUCAUCGCUCAACCCGCCACCGCUCUGCACCGAUUAGACCCCCGGGUCAAACAGCUGUGGCUAUUAAUGCUGGUGCUGCUGCCAGCGCGCUCGGGUCUGGAGCUGCGACUGUGGCUGUCGGCAUUCCUGGUGGCCCUCACGCUCCUCGCGCUGCCUGCUAACAUCGCACGGGCGCAGCUGUGGCGCUCGCUGCUCUUCGCGGCCUUCAUCUUCGUGGGCCUCGCCUUCAGCACAGACGGCGUGCCCGCCUUCAUGCAGCCGCGCCCACUGCCCCACGCGCUCGAGCCCCUCGCCCUCGCCGCCUCCUCUGCCGCCUCCUCUGCCUCCCUCGCGCUGGGCCCCCCGGCGUCGGUGGCUCCCCUGCUGCCGUCGGGGUACCGCUACGUGCUGCUGCAGCUGGGCCCACUGCUGCUCACACGUCGAGCCGCCAAGCUGGCCGCCAUGGCGGCGUCGCUCUCCUUCAUCGUGCUGCACGCUGCGGCCGUGAGUCUCAUCACGACGAGCCCCGAGGCGAUGGCGGGAGCGCUGCGGUGGGGCAUGCGGCCGCUGGCAGGUGUGGGCGCGCGGGUGGACACGGCCAUCCUGGCGCUGCUGCUGUCGCUGCGCUUCCUGGGGCUCGUCUUCGACGAGGUGCGCUCGCUGGCGCUGGGCGUGGUGGCGCGGGGCAUCCCCUGGAAGCAGCUGCAGCCGCUCGCCACGCUCGACUUGGUGCUGUCUCUGGCGGGUCGCCUCUUCCAGAACCUCUUCACCCACGCCGACCAGAUCGCCCAGGCCAUGAUCGCGCGUGGCUUCUCCGGGGACCCCGCGGUGCACCGCCUCUACUUCCUGGGCCACUUUGCGCUGCACGCCGCCGACUGGGCCGCGCUGCUGCUGCUCGCCGCCAUCACCGCCGCCGCUGCUUGCUGCGGGCUGCUGCUGGCCGCGUGACACGGUAUGGCAUGGUGGGAGAUGCGAUGGGAUGAGCCCAUGGGCCGUGGCCAUGCUGUGCUCACGGCAACAUGUGACUCACGGAGUUCGUGAGGUAUGGCUCGAGAGUCAAGACUUUCCAAGAUGCAUGUUUACGUGAAGGGUCUGGACUGGAGUGUAGAAGCAGCAGAGCAGCGGGCCGUUCACGUUCACGCACAUGAACUGGUUGGCAGCGGGCCAACUGCGGAUCCUCGGGUGUGCUCUCUCUCAGAAUAACGCAAUGACUAGAAUGAGGCAUACAGGGAGGUUUUGUGCUAUGGUGCUGUACUCUCAAUGAGCAUGCACCUAUCUAGCCUAUAACCAUAUAUAAAUAUAUGUUGACACACCCCCUAGGCUAGACAAGGGGCAGUGCCUGGCAAGCGACACGCAGCCCAGGGUGGCACUACUAGUCCGGCUGCUGGAACCAGGGCUGACGUUUAAAAAAAAAGGCACUCUGACUGAGCCAACCUCCUAGAAAAAAAAAAAACUUUGAAGGGUCA